GUCCCAUUCCAGCGUCUUAUCAUCUCGGCCGACUAUUGUCGGUGAAAAAUACUCAUUCCCGUACCCGUCGGAGCUUCUGUUCGUUCUCAGCAACCAUCGCGACUACUGCGGUGAGUAAAGACGAUAAUCUGAUCGGCCAUGGUGGAUUUGGGAGGGUCUACAAAGGCCAACUCCCGGUCUCCACCAGAUCUAGUGAGCCAGCAGGAACCAUUAAUGUCGCUAUAAAACGGUUAGAUGGGAAGCACGGUCAAGGAGAACAUGAAUUCUUGAUGGAGAUCUUCAUGCUUGCAAGUUACAAACAUGAUAACCUCGUCACCCUCAUUGGAUUCACUGAUGAAGGUGGCGAAAAAAUCAUUGUUUACAAGCAUGAGGCUCGUGGAAGCCUUGACAAGUAUCUGGCAAACAAGGAUCUCACAUGGUCGCAGCGUCUUCAAAUAUGUCUUGGGGCGGCACGUGGACUAGUUUAUCUACAUAGCGGUGCGGGGUUAGGGCACAGGGUGCUACACCGCGACAUCAAAAGCUCCAACAUUUUGCUAGAUGUGAAUUGGGAAGCUAAGAUUUCUGAUUUUGGGUUGUCUAAAAUAGGUCCCACGAAUCAAGCGCACACGUUUCUUGUCACCAAGGCUUGUGGCACAAUCGGCUAUGUUGAUCCACAAUAUGUUAAGACCGGUACACUUUCAAAAGAAUCUGAUGUAUAUUCUUUCGGCGUUGUAUUAUUUGAGGUGUUAUGUGGGAGGUUUGCAUUUGUUGGGGAAUACGAAGACGAGCGUAGAUUUCUAGUUGGAUUGGUGAAACAUCAUGAAGGAUCGAAAACAUUAGACAAAAUCAUCUUGCCUAAUCUACAAGAACAAAUGAAGCCUGAUUCGUUGGACGCAUUCUUAAGAAUAGCGCUUCAGUGCUUGAACGAACAGAAGAAAUAUCGGCCUACGAUGAGAUCAAUAGUCCAAGAACUAGAAAUCGCGUUACAACUUCAAACUAAUAUUACAAGUACCAGAUUAUGGGGAUCAUUCGCAGGUGGAGAACCAUGGUCGAUCCGGCUCGAGAGCCAUCAAAAGUUGAGAAAGAUAUUCAUAGAUCACCAAAGUUUCAUCUAUUCGAUUGCCUUUGCCACCCAAGAUAUCAAUAACGAUUUGGUGCAUUAUUUUCAACAACAUGGUGGUGCUAUUGGCCCCAGCGGCUAUACAAUUUCCCAGAUCAACUUUGAUGAUGAUGAGGAAAUAAUAGGGAUACAAGGAACGUUUGGAGUAGUCCCGACCGUACCAUUUGGAAAUAUUCCGCUCAUCUCGUCGUUGUGUUUCUUGACGAACAAAAAGACACAUGGGCCUUUCGGUAUGGAGGAGGGGACUCGUUUUUCAGAAUCAUGGAAUGUAGGUUCGCUUAGAGGAUUUUAUGGUCGUGCUGGGUCUUACUUAGAUAGUUUUGGUUGUUUGUUGAAGGCUAUGCCUUAACUGCUUGUAUUUAUAAUGCAGAAUUGUAUUGAAGAGAAUAAGAGGAUUAA